AUGAAGCAAUUUAAGACAUAUGUAAAAGCAAUUAAUAAAUAUAUUCGAAGAGAUGAUUGGUUUGUAUGGGUUUCAAUGACUAGUGGGCAAUUAUCAAUGCCUAUAUUUCAAUCUUUAGAAUCAUUUUGGCCUGGUGUAUUGGCACUGACUGGAGAUGUUGAUGAUGCACAGCGAAUAAUUUAUCAGUACAGUCAAGUGAUACGACAGUAUGGAUUUCCACCAGAGUUUUUCAAUCUUCCAAAACAGGAAGCGGUGUCAAAGCGUGCUGGUUACCCACUGAGACCGGAAUUUGUGGAAAGUUUGUAUUAUGUUUAUCGAGCUACAAAAGAUCCCUUACUACUAGAGAUUGCUGCUGAAGUGGUUGAUGCUAUUGAAUAUAGCUGUCGUACGAAGUGUGGUUACGCUACAGUUGUUAAUGCCGAAUUUCACUCAAUUGAAGACAGAAUGGAAUCAUUUUUUCUUGCGGAAACUACAAAAUAUCUGUAUUUGCUCUUCGAUCCGGAUAAUUUCAUAAAUGCUGAUGGUACCGUAGCACGUAUUAUUAAUACACCAAAUGGAAAGUGUAUAAUCGAUGCUGGUGGCUAUAUAUUCAAUACGGAAGCGCAUCCAUUGGAUCCAGCAAUCAUUUAUUGUUGCAGUGCAAAACGUAGCAGUGAUUUGGAAAUGAUAGCACGAUUCGAAAAUAAUAUUGAUCUUGUCGCAUUAGCAGGAAUUUUUGAUGAGACAUUACAUCCUUUCGGAAGAAGUUCAUUUCUUGAAAACACGGACAAUCAUGUAAAUAGUGGUCAGAAUAUUAAGAGCAAAAAUUUGCUUAAACAAUCAUCUUUAACAAACCCAUGGUUGUAUGAUUAUAUCGCUGUUUAUGAUGAUCGUUGCUUGAAUUGUUGUUGGCCUACAGAUUUCAACAUUGCAAAUGUUCCAUUCCGUCGUUUUUUAAAUGUGGUUUUUGCUAAACAUAUUUAUCCUUCAAAGGGUAUUCAUUUUACUGUUGGAUUAACGUGUUUCUCGACCGAUGAUGAUAUUUUCGAAACUAUAAAUGAAGCUAAUUGGUCGGAUGUGUAUGAUGCCACUGAACAACUUGCUUCUAUUGAUGAAAUAAGUUUCAACAAAUUUCGUUAUCGAAGUAUGGCUGAAGUGGGCUACGAUGCACUUCUAACACCACCGCUUUCUUAUCUUUCUAGAUUUACUGGAUUAGGACAGGUGAAACCUAAAUCUGAUGAUAUACAAUAG